AUGGGUAAGGAGAAGACGCAUAUUAAUAUUGUAGUUAUUGGCCAUGUAGAUUCAGGCAAGUCAACCACCACUGGUCAUCUUAUUUACAAAUGUGGCGGUAUCGACAAGCGUACAAUUGAGAAAUUCGAGAAGGAAGCACAGGAAAUGGGAAAAGGUUCCUUCAAAUAUGCUUGGGUGUUGGAUAAGUUGAAGGCUGAGCGUGAACGUGGUAUCACCAUCGACAUUGCUUUAUGGAAGUUUGAAACAGCUAAGUACUAUGUAACCAUUAUCGACGCUCCUGGACAUCGAGACUUCAUCAAGAACAUGAUCACUGGCACUUCGCAGGCCGACUGCGCAGUUUUGGUUGUUGCUUGUGGUACUGGUGAGUUUGAAGCUGGUAUCUCAAAGAAUGGUCAGACUCGUGAGCAUGCUCUCCUUGCUCAAACUUUGGGUGUAAAACAAAUGAUCGUUGCUUGCAACAAGAUGGACUCUACGGAGCCACCAUAUUCUGAAGCCCGUUUCAAUGAAGUUACAACGGAAGUUUCAAAUUACAUAAAGAAGAUUGGUUACAAUCCUAAGUCAGUUGCAUUCGUCCCGAUCUCUGGAUUUAACGGUGACAAUAUGUUGGAGCCAUCAGCAAAUAUGCCUUGGUUCAAGGGGUGGACUGUGGAACGUAAAGAGGGAACCGUGACAGGAAAGACACUCCUUGAGUCUCUUGAUUCUAUUGUUCCUCCAUCACGACCCACAGACAAGCCUCUUCGUCUGCCGUUACAGGAUGUUUAUAAAAUCGGAGGUAUUGGUACGGUUCCAGUCGGUCGUGUUGAAACCGGUAUUCUGAAACCAGGUAUGGUUGUUACUUUUGCUCCACAGGCUCUGACGACUGAAGUUAAAUCUGUGGAAAUGCACCACGAAGCUUUGCAAGAGGCUUUACCCGGUGAUAACGUUGGUUUCAACGUAAAGAAUGUCUCAGUCAAGGAUAUUCGUCGUGGCUCAGUUUGUUCUGACUCGAAGAAUGAUCCUGCCAAAGAAGCGAAGAGUUUCACUGCUCAGGUUAUUAUCAUGAAUCAUCCCGGCCAGAUCCAAGCUGGGUACACACCAGUGUUGGACUGUCACACAGCACACAUUGCAUGCAAGUUUGCUGAACUCAAAGAAAAGGUGGAUAGGCGAUCUGGCAAAAAAGUCGAGGAUAAUCCGAAAUUCCUCAAGUCCGGGGAUGCUGGUAUUAUUGAGUUAAUUCCAACGAAGCCCUUAUGCGUCGAGACCUUUACCGAGUAUGCUCCAUUAGGGCGUUUUGCGGUGCGUGAUAUGAGGCAGACCGUGGCUGUUGGUGUUAUUAAGGCUGUAGAUAAGACGGAGGCUGCUGGUAAAGUAACUAAGGCUGCCCAAAAGGCUGGAGCUGCUGCAGGCAAGAAGAAGUAG